UGCGUGAGCGCUUGGGAUAAUUCUAUUUACCAUCGCGACUGGAUUCUGUCACUGUUGUCUCGUCGAUUUUUCUUUUCUUUUCUUUUCUCCUUUUUUCCUUUGCCGUUGUCCUUAUUCUUUAUUCUAUUUUUUUUUUUUUUUUGCUUUCUGUUUCUUGUUGUGUCUCCGGUCGUACCUGGGGUUAUAUCUAGGAACAUCACUGCCCACCAAUUGAGCCAUCAUGAGUAGGGGCCUGCAUUUGGAUACCAACUUCGGGGCCAACCCGAACAACCCGAGGUAUUCCUUUUUGGAGACCCCACUGGAAAUGCAUGCGCCCGGCCAGCAGAGCUUGCGCGCAGAAGAACGGCCGCCCCAGUCUCUGCCACCGCAGCAGACAGAGCGUCCGACCGUGAUCGAAGAGACUCCGCAACCAGCAGUGGACGAAAAAGCGCACUCACACCAUGGCCCCGAGCUUAGGAGUCCCGAUAUCCAACAGCACCCGGCGAACUACGCCCCCUUCGCCGACGAGGUGCCGCUGUCGCGACAACCCCAACAGGCGGCCCCCGACUAUCCGUAUGGGAACCCCCCAUCGUCUCCCGGUCCGCUGCCGAUCAAAACGGGCCUCGAGAUCCCCGACCAUGCACCGAGACUCCAGAUUGCACCCGUCGUGCCGGAUGCGAAUCCCCUGCAGUCGCCCCAGCUGGCAUAUUUCCCUCCUCCGACCGCCACUGAGGUCCCGCGCACUCCUGCGCCGGGCAACAUGUUGGCAUACCAUCAACCCGGGCAAGCUAUCCACCCGAAUCAGGAGAUCCACGGCGGUACUUGGAGCCACAGCCUGUGUGACUGUUCCAAUAUCUGGACGUGUUGCAUCGGACUGUUCUGCCCCUGUAUCCUGUACGGGAAAACGCAGUACCGCCUGUCGAGGAAAUCCCGCAAGGAAGAUCCGACGAACAUGCUGGGUUACGAGACCUGCAAUGGAUCCUGCACGGGUAUGGCCUUGCUGUGUGGCUGUCAAUGGCUCAUGGCGACCAUCCAACACACACGGACGCGCAAAGCGUACGGGAUCCAGGGUGAUAUCCUGUCGGACUGUGUGCGAGCCACCUGCUGCACCUGCUGCACUCUCAUUCAAGACGAGUCCGAGAUCCGGAAACGAGAAGAAGACCGUGCCAAGGCAGCCCAGGCCACGGGAGCCGCGUUGGUAUCCCCGUAUUCUGCUCCUCUUCCGAUGACGUACGGGCCCGCUCCGUGAGGGGAGCUAUUGGUCUGGAGACGACUGGUUUCCGUGAUGCGAUGAACGUUGCAUGCUUGUUUCUUUCUUUUAUUUUUCUCGUCAUCUCCCUUUUAUAUACCCCUUUUGAUGGCAUUUUCUCUUCAAUACUUGGAUAUAGUCUCCUGUUUCAUUUAUGCAAUCUUGUCCGGGCAUAUCCGCCUGCUCAGUUUUAGUCACCG